GACGAAUGCAUCUCAGUUGACUCUGAACGCGGAGAGGAAGUAAAGUCUUCCCCUUCAUCCUCUUAUUCUUCCUCCUCCAUUCAAGAAGGGAGAAAUUCACAGAGAAGGAAAUGGAGGAGGAGAAUGACGAGCGGUCUCCUCGGCUGACAGGCGUAGUCAUAAUCACUCUCCCCCCACCAGAUAACCCUUCUUUUGGCAAAACUAUUACUGCUUUUACUCUGUCCGAUCAUCAUCCUCAAUCCCCUCAACUCGACCAACCGCAAUCAGCCCCUCAGGCCGGUGAAGCGCAGACGCCGCUGCAGGUCGUACCGCAGAACCAUGGCCCUCAAUCGUUGUUUUCGUUUGGAAGUCCCCGAAGAACCCUUCUGCCGGUUCUGGGCAUCUCUCUGAUCGCCUUGUAUAUUUGUGUCUCUAUUUCUCAAGAAGCCUUCUUCCAGUUAAAGGAUGAGCUAGGGAGUGAGGAUGAUCCUCAGAAGAACAAGUCUCAGCAUACAUUUAUUUUCACACUGUAUCAGAAGCGUUAUUGGGGCAAUAGUGGCUUGGGAGAUUUUGAGCUUAAACUUGGAAGACUUACUAGUAUUGACUCUCGAUCGUUCUCGGAGGAACUUGGUGAUGAGCUGAGUCGUGGAAGGAUCAACCCGAAAACGGCGUCUACUGCAUCCAAAAUUGAUGUUACUGAUGUUAUACCUGUUGGGGGUAACAUUUAUCCUGACGGGCUGUAUUAUACAUACUUGCAUUUUGGGAAUCCUCCAAGACCCUAUUUUCUUGAUAUGGACACCGGCAGUGCCUUAACUUGGAUUCAGUGUGAUGCUCCAUGCACUAGCUGCGCUAAGGGAGCUCAUCCUUUUUACAAGCCGGUGAAAGCUAACAUUAUACCGCCUAAGGAUUCUUUCUGUGUUGAAAUUCAAAAAAAUCAAAUAGCUAAAGACUGUGACUCGUGUAACCAAUGUGAUUAUGAGAUAGAAUAUGCAGAUCAUAGCUCUUCCGUGGGAGUGCUUGCAAGAGAUGAACUUUAUCUAACCGUUGCAAAUGGGUCUUUGGCCCAAUCCAAAAUUGUUUUUGGUUGUGCCUAUGACCAGCAAGGUUUACUUUUGAACACAUUGAGGAAGACAGAUGGAAUCCUUGGACUUAGCCGGGCGAAAAUCAGUUUGCCAUCUCAAUUGGCAAGCCAAGGAAUCAUAAAGAAUGUGAUAGGACAUUGCCUUGCUGCAGAUGCCCGUGGUGGCGUGCCUUAUUGGCAGAUGGCGUGGGUCCCCAUGCUUCAGAGCUAUGAUUUGAAUUCUUACCAGACAAAUAUAGUGAAGGUGAGUUAUGGAAGCAGACAAAUUGGAUUAGGCAAUGUCAGGAGUGGACAAGGACGUUUAGUUUUUGACACUGGAAGCUCCUAUUCGUACUUUACUGAAGAAGCAUAUAAUAAUCUGGUCGCUAUAUUUAAUGAUAUUCCCAAUGAAAGCCUUGUCCGUGACAUGUCAGAUACAUCAUUACCCAUUUGUUGGCGAGCCAAAUCCCCUUUAAGAUCUGUUGAAGAUGUUAGACAGUUCUUCAAACCUUUAAACCUUCAGUUUGGAAGCAAGUGGUGGAUCGUCUCAACAAAGCUUCAAAUUCCUCCUGAAGGGUACUUAGUGGUGAAUAGCAAGGGUAAUGUGUGCUUGGGCAUCCUUAAUGGAAGAGAAGUACAUGAUGGAUCCACUUUUAUACUUGGAGAUAUAUCCUUACGUGGUCUGCUAUUUGUAUAUGACAAUGUGAAGGGGAAAAUUGGGUGGGUUCGAUCAGAUUGUGCAAGGCCACGAAAGUUUGUAACUGAUACUCUAUACUGACUCAGUUCAUUAGAAUCAGGCGACAAGUAAUGUUCCAUCAGAUUCUAGCAAGCCGGUACAACAACGAGUCUUCUCCUUGCUAGAAAAGAAAAAAAAAAGGAAUUCUUGUCCCACUAUUUUCUUGCAAUGUCUACUAUUUUAUUUCUGUGUAACAUAAUUCUUAGUCACAAAAAAAGGGUAGACAUUAUAUAAAAGUUUUGUAUAGCAGGUUUUAAACCAUCUUGUGGGUUGUCCUAGUAUUAAUAAGUUUAUAGUGGUGUUUGCAAAA